GCCGCCUCCGACCCCUCGGAUGCAAAUCACAAUCUGAUCAGCAAUCGGCUUUAGGAACCUGGCAGGUGCCACAUGGCACCGUGGCACAGCCAGUGCCCCGUAGGCAGCGGCUCACCGCUGCUCUUCUGAGCCCGCAGCACUUCUCCGGUCGGUGUGCAGCCGGUGGGAGCACGCCCAUGGAGCCGGAGCUGCCCUCCCCCAGCCCAUAGCAGCCCGCAGAGGGCCAGGCACCAUGCGGCAGCCGCCAGCGAGACGGGCGAGCCUCUCGGCCAGCCUCAAGAUCGGGGACCGCCGUGGCUGCCGCCACAGGACCCCGGAGGAGGAGGAAAUCCACAUCCCCUUUGCGCAGGAUAGCGUGGUGAAGCGAUGGAGCUCCCUGCAGAACGUGGCAGAUGUGAGCCAGGAGGAAAGCAAAGCUCCCAUCCAAAGGAACAAGCUCCUGCUCAACAUUAACGUGGGCGGCAAACCGUUCCAGAUCGCCUGCAAGGCGGCAGCCCAGUACCCCAUCACCAGGCUGGGCAAGCUGGCCCUCUGCACGGACCCCAUGAAGAAGCUGCAGCUCUGUGACGACUACUCAGUGCAGAAGAACGAGUACUUCUUUGACAGGGACCCUUCCAUCUUCCACUACAUCUUCCACUUCUACCGCAGCGGAGUGCUGUGGAUCAUGGACGAGAUGUGCCCCAGCAACUUCGUGGAGGAGGUCGAGUACUGGGGGAUCCACCUGAAGCACAGCCAGCGCUGCUGCCGCAUCCUCUUCGAGGAGAAGCAGGACGAGCUCAGCGAGUACCUGAAAAUAGAGAAGGAGCUGGAGGCAGAACUGGAGCCCUUGAACUUGGCAGGGAAGUUUGAGGGCAAGUUCCUGGGGCGGUUCCGGGGAGCGGUCUGGAACCUGAUUGAGAACCCCUACUCCUCAGUGGCAGCUAAGAUCAUUGCGGUCAUGUCGAGCCUCUUUGUGCUCAUCUCCAUUGUGGGCAUGACGCUGAGCACCGUGGAGGAGAUGCAGCACAAGACAGGGAAGGUGUGGAUGGAGCAGCUGGAGAUGGUAUGUGCCAUCUUCUUCACCUCUGAGUACAUCAUGAGGCUCAUCUCCUCCACCAGCUUCAAGAACUUCCUGCGUGCGGCCUUCAACGCCGUGGACCUGGUGGCCAUCCUGCCCUUCUACAUCCAGAUCCUCUUCGAGAGCCUGGACGAGGCGGACACUCUGUACCAUGAAGAGCUGCACAAGGUGGAGAAUGUCAGCAAGCUGGGCAAGGUCCUCAAGCUGAUCAAGCUCAUGAGGAUCUUCCGCAUCCUCAAGCUGGCACGGCACUCCACCGGGCUGCGAGCCUUCGGCUUCACCAUGCGCCAGUGCUACCAGCAGGUCUGCUGUCUCUUCCUCUUCAUCGCCAUGGGGGUCUUCACCUUCUCUGCCCUCAUGCACUCGGUGGAACACGACGUGCCGGGCACCAGCUUCACCAGCAUCCCCUACGCGUGGUGGUGGGCAGCGGUCAGCCUCUCCACCGUGGGCUACGGAGACACAGUGCCCGACACGGUGCUGGGCAGGAUGGUGGCGUUCGCCUGCAUCUCCUUCGGCAUCAUCCUCAACGGCAUGCCCAUCUCCAUCCUCUACAACAAGUUCUCUGACUACUACGCCAAGCUGAAGGCACACGAGAACGAGAUCAGCCAGGGGCAGAAGCUCUGCCGCAGGUUCCGGCUGAAGGAGCGAGUGCGGCACAAGCUCUCCGAGUGCUGCGGCGCCGACCCCCGCGGCCCCCGCGGCCCCCGCUGACCGCCGCGCCCCCGUGCCCAGCCCCGUGCCCAGCCCCGUGCCCAGCCCCGCAGCCUGGCCAGCCUGCAGCAGCUCCUGGCCCCCGGGGAGGUUCCGCAGCCCAGGCAGUGUCACAGCAGCGUCCAGCUGGGUCUGCUGCCGUGCAGGUGCCCCUGCCAGCCCGGGCUGUCUGGAAGGACGAUGUGGCGGCGGUGACCUUCCUCAGUGCCACCUGCUGGGCUCUGCUGGGCGCAGAACUACAGAGCAGGCUGCGUGGCUGAGGCGGGCUGGCUGGGGGCCAUGGGCUGGGCAUCGGGCACCCUGAGGACACAACUGGUGAGGUGCACA